GCUCGUUUGCUCCCCCUCUCUCUCCUUACUCUUCACCUCAAAGGGACACCAACGCGAGUAACACAUCAGCAGGUUGGCGAAGCAGACUGUCAAGCGACAAGGACACGAGAGGGAAAAGCUAUUUUUAACCCCAGAUAUUAUCCAUCUGAAAUAACGGACACGGCACAACACGAUAUCCCUCCCUAUCGAACCUCAACUUCUACUGACCAGCCGGCCCUUCAGAGACCAGUUAUCCCUCCCUAUCGGACCUCAACUUCUACUGACCAGCCGGCCCUUCAGAGACCAGUUAUCCCUCCCUAUCGGACCUCAACUUCUACUGACCAGCCGGCCCUUCAGAGACCAGUUAUCCCUCCCUAUCGGACCUCAACUUCUUGCGCGUCAGAGGCCAGCUGACAGACAAGACAACUGACUGAUCGAAAAUAAUAAUAAUAAUAAUAACGUUUGGAUUCAAAGUUUUAAAGACACAGAAACUAAGGAAGAGCUAACCAAGCAAACAGACUGCAUUAUAGACUAAAGACAGAAACACACAACAACAAUCAAUAUCAACAGCAGCAGAUGGACUGACUGGCACAUCAGACAGACACAUAUCAACUCUCUGACGACCAGCCGGCGCCUCACAUAAAUGGCUGACAAGCAGAUCAGUUUGCCUGCCAAAUUGAUAAAUGGUGGGAUCGCAGGGCUGAUCGGCGUGAGCUGUGUGUUUCCCAUUGACCUGGCCAAGACCCGCCUGCAGAACCAGCAAAAUGGGUCACGACUCUACACCAGCAUGUCCGACUGUCUUAUCAAGACCAUCCGCUCAGAGGGAUACUUCGGGAUGUACAGAGGGUCUGCGGUGAAUUUAACCCUGGUCACUCCAGAGAAAGCCAUCAAGUUAGCAGCAAAUGACUUCUUCAGACAAUACCUCUCCAAGGAUGGUCAGAAGCUCACCCUGGUCAAAGAGAUGCUGGCGGGGUGUGGGGCAGGUACAUGUCAGGUUAUCGUCACGACUCCUAUGGAGAUGUUGAAGAUUCAGCUUCAAGAUGCUGGGAGAAUUGAGGCCCAGAGGAAGCUGAUGCCAGAGACGGUAGUACCGGGGACCGUGCCGACCAAGUCCCCCACUGCCAUGCAACUGACCAGGGAACUGCUUAAGGAGAAGGGAAUCGCUGGGCUGUACAAGGGCCUGGGGGCCACACUGCUCAGGGAUGUUCCGUUCUCCAUCAUCUACUUCCCUCUGUUUGCCAACCUGAACGACCUGGGGAAGAGAGGAGCGGAGGGCCCCGCUCCGUUCUAUGUCUCAUUCCUGGCAGGCUGUCUGGCUGGCAGCACGGCCGCCGUGGCUGUUAACCCUGUAGAUGUGAUAAAGACCAGAAUCCAGUCUAUGAACAGAGGGAGUACAGAGGAAGCCUACAGCGGGGUGACUGACUGUAUCAGUAAAAUCAUGAAGAACGAGGGUCCCUCUGCGUUCCUGAAGGGGGCGUACUGCCGUGCCCUGGUCAUCGCGCCCUUAUUUGGUAUCGCCCAGGUGGUCUACUUCUUCGGGGUGGGAGAAUACAUCCUCAGCUUCCUGCCUGGCAACUGAGAACAUCAACCAUUCGGAUCUCUGCCUUUCCCUCUCUCACGACCACAUCACGCACAAGCACACCGAAAGACACUGGGAUCACCUUUCGUCAUGAAAUAAGGUUUUGAUCGUUUGAUGGAUUGUUUGGAUAUCUGAUCGUCGGCGAGUUAAAGUAUGACUACCACCAAUUUAGGAUAGUUUUUCUUUGAACCCUUUUGGCUUAAGAGCACCCCCUAGAGGCAACAACGUUGUGUUUAGCCUCUUCCAUUGUCCUUGUUGUGUUGACUGUAAUGCUAUGGUUGUGAGCACAGUAGUAAGAGUACUUAGGAGAGAGAUGUUGUGUUGAUGGCAAAGCAACAUUCCAGUGGAAUUAAUACCACAAAUACCACAAAUACCACAAAUACCACAAAUACCACAAAUACCACAAAUACCACAAAUACCACAAAUACCAUGUUCUCAAACAAUGAUGAUGAUUAUCUUUUUUUUUUUAAAAUAUAUAUUUUUGUUUUGAUAUGGGCCGUGAAUUACAGGGUAGAUCUAUUGUCUGAGUAUAUGGUAGUCAUCUCCGUUAACCUCCAUAGUGUCAGAAUGAUCAUGCGAAUGACAACUAUUGCCUAUAAAUCACAUUUAAUAUGAAUAACUUAUCUUGUAGUAAUAUAACAACGUUAAAAAAAAAUUAAAAAGGCUGGUCCAAAUGAAAAAGCUGGAGUUGAUGCUCAAGAAAACAAAGGAUCACUUAAGACUAUUUAAUGUUAAGACUAUUCAAAGUUAAGACUAUUCAAUGUUUACCAAGCAUGCUCAUUAAAGAAACAAAAUGCUCCAUACCUUA